AGAGUUAGGUUAGGUGUCAUUUAGCAACCUGCAACCGAUCAACGCGUGGUGUUGUUCAGUGUUGUUUUUCAUAAAAAAAAGUUUGUUAAUAAUUAACAUAUAUAAUAAAAACAAUGAGAAGAUUAUCAGAAGAACAAACAAAAUUAGUUUUUGAAAAACUAACAAAAUACAUUGGUGAAAAUGUUAAAUUGUUGAUUGAUCGAGCAGAUGGAAAUUAUUGUUUCCGUGAAAGAAAAGGUCGUGUAUAUUAUGUAGCUGAAAAAAAUCUAGGUUUAGCUUUGACAAUUGCCCCAGAUCAUUUAAUGAGUUUUGGUACAUGUUUUGGUAAAUUUACCAAGUCUGGGAAAUUCAGACUGCACAUAACAGCUCUUCAAUAUUUAGCUCCAUAUGCCCAGCACAAAAUAUGGUUAAAAUCAUCAGCAGAACAACAAUUUUUAUAUGGACAUCAUGUUGCUAAAGCUGGUCUAGGUAAAAUCACUGAAAAUACAGCACAAUAUCAAGGAGUUGUUGUGUACUCCAUGAAUGACAUUCCAAUUGGUUUUGGUGUUGCUGCAAAAAGCACAUCAGAUUGUAAACAAGCUGAUCCAAUGUCAACAAUUUGCUUUCAUGAAGCUGAUAUAGGAGAAUACAUUAGAUCAGAAGAUACACUUUUAUAAAAAAAUUAAUUUUAAUAAUAGGUAUAUUUUAAUUAUAUGGAAAGAGUGGCUUAAAAUAAUCAAGAGUAAAUUAUUUUCUUGAUUGACAAACAAAUGGUACACAUUUACAGUCAGCUUGAUAAAAUAAUUAAAUCCUGGUACCAUUUUUUUGUCAACCAGGACAAUAAUUUACCCUUGAUAUUUUUGUAUUUUAUUUCAUGAAAAUCAAGUAAAUUAUUGACCUGAUUAACAAAUAUAUUUAGUAACAACAAUAAAUUAAAUUAAAAUUUCGAAUCAAUAUA